ACAAUCGAUGCUCGAUUCCGAAGCACGAAUCGAAACAGGUGACGGGCGCCGUUGUCAUUCUACUUUGCUCCUCUCUCGUGAUUUCAUAACACGCCAUUUUCUUUGUGUGUAGUGUCGAAGCAGAAGGAAUAACGCAGUUUAUAAUCAAAUAAAAGUUUCAGUUAGUUCUGGAUAGUUGAAAAUGGCAUCGCGAAAGAAAGUGCUGCUCAAAGUUAUUAUCCUCGGUGAUUCUGGAGUAGGUAAAACAUCACUAAUGAAUCAGUACGUGAAUAAAAAGUUCAGUAACCAGUACAAGGCUACCAUCGGUGCCGACUUUCUCACUAAGGAAGUUAUGGUCGACGACAGGAUAGUCACCAUGCAGAUCUGGGACACGGCAGGGCAGGAAAGGUUUCAGUCUUUGGGUGUAGCUUUCUACAGAGGCGCGGAUUGCUGCGUUCUAGUAUUUGACGUUGCAGCACCGAAUACCUUCAAGUCCUUGGACUCUUGGAGAGAUGAAUUUCUCAUUCAAGCGUCGCCAAGAGACCCUGAUAAUUUCCCUUUCGUUGUACUCGGCAACAAAGUCGACCUCCUCGAGACCAGAGCCGUUGCGGGCAAACGAGCCCAACAGUGGUGUCAAUCCAAGAACAAUAUUCCAUACUUUGAGACGAGUGCAAAGGAGGCAACGAACGUCGAACAAGCCUUCCAAACGAUAGCCAAAAACGCCCUAGCUCAGGAAAGCGAGGUGGAGUUGUACAACGAGUUCCCGGAUCAAAUUAAGCUAAGUAACGACCCAAGAAACAACGGCAAAGGAGAUUCCUGUGCCUGCUAGGUACUAAUGUACCUCACCAUGGAGCGAGAAUAUAAGAUCAAACGAUGAUCAGCUCCCGUAUGAUGAGAUCAGGUGCAACUAGACAAAAGAGUCGAGCUGACAUUUUUAGAUUCGGUGAAAUUAACAACCAACAAAAACAAUAGAAAUAAAAAAAUAAACAAAUAAACAAAAGUAAAAUAAUGAUUCAAUGAUUCAUAAAACAUAAACAAAUGAAUAAGAUAUUAUUAACUAGGCUCAGAACUCUAAUUUCUGAUUUAUAUUAUUUUAUUGUAUAUGUGAAAUGUAUAGGUAUAUCUAUAUUGAAAAAAAUAAAAUAUUGUAUAGCA